UGCAUUCCUCACCCGGGAAUUCCUCCAGGCAAGAGUUAGAGACGCCCUCCCGCAGUCCGAGGGAGGACGCUUCACUCAGCGCUGCCUGCGAACAGGAGACUUCUUGGGGUGCAAGGGGUGUGUCGGGGUUGCCCACCCGGGAGCGGCAGGCAGGAGGACUAGGCGAAGCCCUUGACGGAGUCCCCAGCGUGUGUGCCGAGGGAGGUUCUCUGGAGCUCUUAGACGGGCGCAGCCAGCCCCCCAAGGACUCAUCUGCUCUGCCAGGUGACCCUUCAAACAAGGGGGCUGAGAACAGGGCCGGUUCCAGGCAGGCCAGCGGCACAGCCCAGCCCAGAGGGAGCGAUCCCCGGGCGGGCGAACGCGCGCAUCCCUCCACGGUGUUGACUUUGGACAUAUACUUGAGUAAGACUGAACUGGAGCCGGUGGAAGAGCCGGUCUUGAUUACCGACAGGGCAGAAGAUUGCGGAGACUCGGACGACAUGGAGAAGAGGUCGAGCGGGCGCAGGUCCGGGAGGCGGAGGAAGUCGCAGAAAUCCACCGACUCCCCGGGUGCAGACGCCGAGCUGCCCGAGAGCGCGGCGAGGGACGACGCGGUGUUUGACUACGAGGUGGCGCCAAACGCGGCCGCCGACAGCCUCUCGGCGGAAAAGAAAGUGAAAUCUCCGCCAGCGGCCCCGGACGGGGGCGUUGCCUCCGCGGGGAGCCCAGAGUCCAAGCCCAGCCCCAGCCCCAAAGGGCAACUCCGAGGGGAGUCGGAGCGGAGCAAACAGCCGCUCCCGGCCUCGUCCCCCACCAAGAAAAAGGGCAGGAGCCGCGCCCCCGAGGCCGUGCCCGCCCCGCCCGCCAGCGGCCCGCGGGCUCCCAGCAAGGAGUCCCCACCCAAGAGGGCGCCCGACUCCGGCCCCGGCCCGGCCGCCAAAAGCGCGGCGGCCGACAGCGGGGAGGAGGCGGCGCGGGUCGUGCCUCGCGAGCUCACGGUCAGGAGCAGCUCGCUGCUGCCCGAGAUAAAGCCUGAGCACAAGAGGGGCCCGCUGCCCAACCAUUUCGACGGCCGGGCAGAGGGAGGUCGAAGCAGAGAGCUGGGCAGAUCGGCCGGACCUGCCGACGCCGACGGCUUGAAGCCCAGGAACCAUUUCGGUGCCGGCAGGUCGACUGUGACCACGAAAGUGACCCUCCCUGCCAAGCCCAAGCAUGUGGAACUAAAUCUUAAACCCCCUAAGAAUCUUGACGGUUUGGGAAAUGAGCAUAAUCCAUUUAGCCAGCCAGUUCAUAAGGGAAACACUGCCACGAAAAUCUCCUUAUUUGAAAACAAACGGGCAAAUAGUAGCCCAAGACACGCCGACCUUCGAGUCACAAGGAACGCUCCUGCUUCUAAUAAAACGUAUGUAGGGAGGGCGAAACUGAGCUUAGCUAAAAAAGCCAAAGAAAUGGAGCAACCGGAAAAGAAAGUGAUAGCAAGCAGCCACCAGAACAGCGUGCUGGUGAAGGAAACCUCUGCAGAAGGCAAAGCGCCUACCCCCGAAGAAGGGACUGUGCCAGCGGCCCGAGGAACGCAGGGCGGGCCGACUGCAGAGCGAGCUCUUGGUUCUCAGCCUCACCAAGGUGCUGCUGCAGAUGUGCAAACAGAUGCCGGCUGCCCUUCAGAACCAGCGGCCACUGCUCUGAUGCCUGGGAAGGACCCUCAGCUCUUAAAAGAGGACAACUCAAAGACUGCUGCCAGCGAAAGCUGUGUACUUGAAAAUAUGACUGAUACAGCACGGGACAUCCCAGCACAGGACAUCCCCGCUGUUGUUGAUACCAAAGAUGCGCCUCCUGCAACCUCACCACAGGGUCAACUUCCUGACUCCCAGCCCCCAGCCGAGCUGCCUAACGGGCCUUCUCUGUCACUGUCAGCACCCCUUCCCCUGGACGCUUCCCAAAACGCACGUGUUCCCUCUCCCGUAAACGGUUUUCCAUGCACCGAUCUGAAAGUGUCAGAAAACCAUCAAGGAUGUAUUUUGCCUCAGGAUAAGGAAAACACGCCACUCUCCCAACCGGGAGGGGAAAUAAGCCCUCCUUUGUCGGCAGAGCCUGGCCCGGAGACUGUGGGAAACGAGGGUCCGUCCAAGGUCCUGGUCCAGGUCAGGUCCUUCGUGCUCCCUGUGGAAAGCACCCAGGACGUCAGCGCCCACCUCAUCUCAGAGAGCUCUGAAGUUAGAGAAGUGCAGUUGCCAAGUUGUCACAAUAAUGAACUUGAGGUGGUUUCCGUUGCAAGUUGUGCUCCCCAGCAAGAGGAAGUAGUGGGCAACAGGAGCGGGCCACCCAAACAUACUCAUUGCAAAGAGGAACGUGUGGCACAAUCUGCCCCAGAAGUCACACCUUCAGACUCAGAGAGAAUGCUACCUCUUCAGGCUCAGAGUCAGGACCACAAAACGCCCCUGACAACCGAAUCCAGUCCUACCGACUCCCCCCACGAUGGAAAUCACUUACACACUCCUCAAAGGCCAGCUGGAAGUGUUGUGAAUGGCCAGAGCAGCCCUGCCAGUCUUUUGAACAACUCUGCGAAUAGUGACGACAGUGUGCUUGAUUCUUCUUCUGAUAUGGAAAAAUUCACCGAAAUUAUAAAGAAGAUGGAUAGUGCUGUUUGUGUGCCCCUGAAGAAAAAGAAGGCCAGGGUGCCCAACUCUCCCGCCCCUCACUUUGCCAUGCCUCCAAUUCACGAAGACAAUUUAGAAAAGGUGUUUGAUCCCAAUGUGUUUACCUUUGGGUUGGGGAAAAAGGAAAACCAAACAGAAAUGUCACCAGCUUUACAUCUGAUGCAGAACCUUGACACAAAAUCCAAACUGAGACCCAAACGGGCCUCCACUGAGCAGAGCAUGCUCUUCAAGUCCUUGCACACGAACACUAAUGGGAAAGACGAAACUGUGGUGACUCCAGUACCAAAUGACAAAGAGAACAGGGACGUCACCAACGGGGGAGUUAAGAGAUCCAGGCUAGAAAAAAGCACCCUUUUUUCAAGCUUAUUAUCUUCUCUACCACAAGACAAAAUCUUUGCUCCCUCUGUGACAUCAGUCAAUACUAUGACCACAACUUUCAGCACUUCUCAGAACAGUUCCCUAUCUCAGCCCGUGACUGAGGGAGCCCCGCCCUGUGGUUCAAACAAAGAACAGCCAAAUCUUCCACCCAGCAGCUCCUUAAAGGUCUUCAAUUUCGACUCGUCAAGUACAUCUCAUUCAGGUUUGAAAAGUCCCAGCCACGUGGACAAAUACGUACAAAAAGAGGAAAUCAAGGAAGAUCUAGAUUCACGGAGCAACCUACACCUGCCAGAAACUACAUUUUCUGAAUUUUCAAAACUGAAGAACAACGAAAAUAUGGAAAAGGCUAAUCAUAUAGAAAGUGUUUUUAAAUCAAGCCUGCCAAACUAUGGAAACAGUGACACCGACUUCGUGGGUCUUUUCAAAUCAAGCCGGUAUGACCCGAGCAUUUCUUUUUCUGGAAUGUCAUUAUCAGAUACAACGACCUUUAGAGGAAGUGUACAAAAUAAACUCAAUCCCCGACCUGGGAAGGUAGUGAUAUAUAGUGAACCCGACGUCUCUGACAAGUGCAUUGAAGUUUUCAGUGAUAUUCAGGAUUGCAGUUCGUGGGGCCUCUCUCCACUGAUACUCGUGAAAGUUGUAAGAGGAUGUUGGAUUUUGUAUGAGAAGCCAAAUUUUGAAGGGCACUCUAUCCCCUUAGAAGAAGGGGAACUGGAACUCUCCGGUCUCUGGGCUGUGGAAGAAGUUUUGGAAAGGAAUGAGGAAGCAGAGUCUGAUCGGCCUGUGAUGAUUGGUUCAAUCAGACUUAUGGUCCAGGAUUAUAGAAUUAGUCAAAUCGACUUAUUCACUGAACCAGACGGGUUAGGACUCCUCAGUUCCUACUUUGAUGAUAUUGAAGAAGUGCAGGGAUUUGGUGUCAUGCAGAAGACUUGUUCCAUUAAAGUCCAUCAGGGCACAUGGCUUAUUUAUGAAGAACCUGGAUUUCAGGGUAUGCCUUGCAUCCUGGAGCCUGGUGAAUACCCUGACUUAUCCUUCUGGGAUACAGAAGCAGCGUACAUCGGAUCCAUGCGGCCUCUGAAAAUGGGUGGCCGUAAAGUUGAAUUCCCUACAGAUCCAAAGGUAGUUGUUUAUGAAAAGCCUUUCUUUGAAGGAAGAUGUAUGGAACUAGAAACAGACUUGUGUAGUUUCGUCACAGACGGUGGUGAAACAGAAGAAACAGCUGGAGAUGGUCGUUUGCCGUUCACGUCAGUGGGGUCUAUGAAAGUUCUAAGAGGCAUCUGGGUUGCGUAUGAGAAGCCUGGAUUUACUGGUCAUCAGUAUUUGCUAGAAGAAGGAGAAUACAGGGACUGGAGAGACUGGGGAGGUUACGACAGAGAACUUCAGUCUUUACGACCUAUAUUAGGUGAUUUUUCCAAUGCUCACAUGAUAAUGUACAGUGAAAAAAACUUUGGAUCCAAAGGUUCCAGUAUUGACGUAUUGGGGAUUGUUGCUAAUUUAAAGGAGACGGGAUAUGGAGUGAAGACACAGUCCAUUAACGUACUGAGUGGCGUGUGGGUAGCCUAUGAAAAUCCUGACUUCACAGGAGAACAGUACAUACUGGAUAAAGGAUUUUAUACCACUUUUGAGGACUGGGGAGGCAAAAAUUGUAAGAUCUCUUCUGUUCAACCCAUAUGUUUGGAUUCUUUCACUGGCCCAAGGAGACGAAAUCAGAUUCACUUAUUUUCAGAACCACAGUUUCAAGGUCACAGUCAAUGUUUUGAAGAAACAACAAGUCAAAUUGAUGGUUCAUUUUCUACCAUGUCUUGCAGAGUUUCCGGAGGCAGCUGGGUGGCGUACGAUGGAGAAAACUUCUCUGGCAAUCAGUACAUACUGGAGGAAGGCCAUUACCCCUGUCUCUCUGCAAUGGGCUGCCUGCCUGGAGCAACUUUCAAGUCUCUUCGUUUCAUAGAUGUUGAAUUUUCUGAACCAACAAUUAUUCUUUUUGAAAGAGAAGACUUCAAAGGAAAAAAGGUCGAACUCAAUGCAGAAACAGUUAAUCUCCGAUCCCUGGGAUUCAACACACAAAUCCGUUCUCUCCAGGUUAUCGGUGGCAUAUGGGUUACUUAUGAGUUUGGCAAUUACAGAGGCCGACAGUUCUUACUGUCACCAGCUGAAGUACCUAAUUGGUAUGAAUUCAGUGGCUGUCGCCAAAUAGGUUCUUUACGACCUUUUGUACAGAAACGAAUUUAUUUUAGACUUCGAAACAAAGCAACAGGGUUAUUCAUGUCGACCAAUGGAAACUUAGAGGAUUUGAAGCUUCUUAGAAUACAAGUCAUGGAGGACAUCGGUGCUGAUGAUCAGAUUUGGAUUUAUCAAGAAGGAUGCAUAAAAUGCAGGAUAGCAGAAGACUGCUGCCUGACAAUCGUGGGCAGCCUGGUAACAUCCGGCUCCAAGCUCGGCCUGGCCCUGGACCAGAACGCCGACAGCCAGUUCUGGAGCAUGAAGUCGGAUGGCAGGAUCUACAGCAAGUUGAAGCCACAUUUAGUUUUAGAUGUCAAAGGGGGUACACAGUAUGAUCAAAAUCACAUUAUCCUCAACACUGUCAGCAACGAGAAGUUAACCCAAGUGUGGGAAGCCAUGGUCCUGUAAACCUGAACGGAGAAUGCAGGAGGAAUCUUUCUGGAGGUCCUUCCAGCCAUCUUACUUAAACAAAAGGAUGAUGCUGAUGGCCGAGCCAGUGUGAAAGUGGCUCUGCUCCUUCUUCGGUAACUCUAAGUUCAACCAGAAUCACACUGCUGUGACUGAAUUGUCUCACCCUUUCAAAAGACUACGAUAGUUUUAAACUGAUAAUUUGUCUUUUAUUUCAUGUCCUUGUAGUAGCUGCUUAAACAGGUUGCCUUAUUAGCAGCUUUUGAGUGUUUUUAAAAAAUGUUACAGUAAGACAUCAAAACUAGAAACAUUUAAGAUUAUUUCCAAAGAUAGUGGCAGGACAGAACAGGAACAAGUUUACUGACUUUGUGGACCUACAAAUCCCUUAUACUUAAAGGGAAGGGUAAAAGCUCAAGUCUGUAAGGUAGAAGACUUUUUGGCAUCUGAGAAGAAAUACCUGUAAUUUUGGUUCUUGGCCUUAAUAUUUUCUAGAACCAUUAAUUAUGCUGCAGGGCAAAGUGGGAAAGCCUUACACAUGCAGAUAUAUUUUAAGGAACUCAGUAUAAAUAAAAUGCUAUUUUCUUUCUGCUAUUAAAAACUGGUAAAUUUAUAAAAUUCCAUGUCCAUGAGCAGGAUUUGAAUUAUUUUACUCACUCGUGGGCUGCCCUAGAAUGUCACAAGAAAGAAGUUAGUGCCUUUCUCGCAGCUGCUGCUGAUAGUGAUUACAUGACCUGAUUUAUUAGCCCAAGGUUAUACAAUAUAUUGCCGAACUCAGACCCUUUAGUCUAAUUUCCUGCCUUCCUAUCUAGCUGCCUCAGCCUUCCUUGUGGUCUUCCACAACUGUGCCCCGGGGCUCCACAGAAGGUGGGCAGCCUCAGGUCUCUGGGUACAGCGCCAGUGUCACUGCCUUCUGGCAGCAGAAUUAAGAGGUGUGAAACGGGGAUGACCAGCAAUUAUGUCCAGGAAGAAAAGGGAAGAAGACUUUAAUUGAUGUUUGUUGGUCAAAUCUUAGAACUCUGAGAACCCUAAAAUGCAGCAAGCAUGUCAAGAAUGCAAACUGAAACCAUCUAACUACUGAGAUACCCUGGCCCUCAUGGUGUGACAUGGUGGAACAGUGGGCUCUAGUUUUGAACCAAAUUGCUAACACUUCCUUGAAUACGUGUCCUCUACUUUUCGGCCUCGUCACUGAAUACCAGUGCUCUUGUCGCUGGUAGAACAAACCUUGCUUCCUUUCACCUGUUCCAGUGUGUUUCCGAUUCUAAGACGAUCCUCCUAGAGUCUGUGGUGGAGACUGCACGUACGGUCAUUACAGCGGUGUAUCCUCAGUCUGCAGUAAGAUUUGCACGUGCACAGUGCCAUCCAGCAGGCGUGAUGCCAUCCAGCAGGCACUGAUGUUAGGCCUUUUGUGCAGCAUGGCGGGGAAAGACAUUCCACGACAGCCUGUGAUCUUGAAUAAACUUGUUUCUGGUUAA